AUGCACUGCGUGUGAAUGUUAUAGAGGGGUGGAAUUUUCCGAGAGGCGUAGCUGCUGGCCCCUGCAAGACGUAGCAACGACACACCAGCGCGCGUCCAAGAGCAUACUUCGCAAGAUACGGUUCAUUGAAACGCAUUUACAGAUAACCAAGUGCUGAUUAAAAAAAAACACGAUUUGCAGUUUCUUACGAUGGCAAACUACAUCCAUGUACCCGAUGGCGCUCCUGCCGUUCCCAAAUUUAAUGUUACCGUAGACGAAAACGAUUUCAGAUCAGGAGCACUGAAACUGAUGAAGGAGCUGAGACCCCAUUGGAAACCUGCAGAGGUCAAGAUGAAGUCUUUCACCGAUGGCAUCACCAACAAGCUGAUUGGCUGCUACGUGGGUGGCGACAUGCAGGAGGUGGUUCUGGUGCGCAUCUACGGCAACAAGACGGAGCUGUUCGUCGACCGGGAGAACGAGGUCAAGAGCUUCCGAGUUCUGCAGGCGCACCGCUGCGCUCCACGCCUCUACUGCACCUUCAACAAUGGCCUCUGCUACGAGUUCCUGCAAGGCACCGCCCUCGAACCCGAGCACAUCCGCAGCCCCUCCGUCUUCAGGCUGAUAGCCAGGCAGCUAGCCAAGUACCAUGCCAUCCAUGCGCACAACGGCUGGGUUCCCAAGUCAGACCUGUGGCUGAAGAUGGGGAAGUACUUCUCGCUCGUGCCCACCCACUUCGAGGACCCUGUCCAGAACCAGAGGUUCACCCAGGAGGUGCCGAGCGCGGUGUGCCUACGGGAGGAGAUGCUGUGGCUGCAGCAGAGCCUGUCUGUGCUGGGCUCCCCCGUCGUGCUGUGCCACAACGACCUGCUAUGUAAGAACAUCAUCUACAACCCGAGCGCAGGUAAUGUAAAGUUCAUUGACUACGAAUACGCAGGCUACAAUUACCAAGCCUAUGACAUUGGGAACCACUUCAACGAGUUUGCAGGUGUGAAUGAGGUGGACUAUAGCAAGUACCCUGGGCGGGAGCUCCAGCUGCAGUGGCUCAGGGCGUACCUGGAGGCCUACAAAGAAUACAAGGACCAGGGUGCGGAUGUCACCCACACAGAGGUGGAGGUGCUGUAUGUGCAGGUCAACCGCUUUGCCCUGGCCUCCCAUUUCUUCUGGGGUCUGUGGGCUCUAAUUCAGGCCCAGUACUCCACCAUUGACUUUGAUUUCCUAGGGUAUGCAGUUUUGCGCUUUAGCCAGUACUUCAAAAUGAAGCCGGAGGUAACAGCGCUGAGCUUUCCCUAAUGUGGCUCCAGUGAUCCCUCCGCGCCCCCCCCCUUUCGGCUGUUCCAUUCUCACAAGUAACGCUCCUCCAGGUGAAUGUCACGAUCAGCACGAGAGCCCUCUUACCUGUGGAUGUGCGACCGCGGUCACGCAACUCCCCGCAAGCCGCGUAAACCCCCGUACCCCGGGAGUCACGCGAUUUAAGUUCCGUAUAAACUGCGCACUGCGCGGUCAGCACUUUGGUAACGCCGGCGUUGUGCACUGCACAGUCAGCUCUGUGUAAACCUCAACCGUACGCCCACUGCAUGGUCAGCUCAGCAUAAAGCCUUCCGCUGUGCGUCUCGCGUUGCAUGGUGGCCUCUUUACGAGCCCCAGCACCAUGCAUUGUGCAGUCACCUCUGUAUAAACCCCAACACAGUGUGGCAGGAGCACACCCCACUCCCAGCACACAUCCGAAAACACUCCCCUCAGAUAUUUCGGCAG